UCACUGCAUUCAACAUCUGAUCUGCCACAGCCAGGAAAAAUGUUCUGCCUGAGGAGUUUCGGUCUUUUCCUCUCGUGCGUGCUCCUCUUCAUCACACAGCCAGGUCACGGUUCUGAGAUCAUUCAAGGGAAAGAAGUCGAGCCGCACUCGCUGCCUUUCAUGGCUUAUUUAAGAGGUAAACUGUCUGCGUGUGGAGGGACAUUGAUCCAUCCACAGUGGGUGCUGACGGCUGCCCACUGCACUCGGGGAGCCCACUCCAGAACGAAAAACGAACAUUCCAAGCAACUCCGAUUCGUCGAGAAAAGUUUUCCUCAUCCUGGCUACUGUUGUGCAAAGCACAACAAUGACCUCAUGUUGCUGAAGCUUAACAAACCGGUGUUGGAAACCAGGGCAGUGCAGUGGCUCGAGUUUGGCAACACUGUGAGAGACCCGGCAGCUGGCUGCACGUGUCUGGUGGCCGGAUGGGGACGAACCGAAACAAAACAACCAUCAGACGUCCUCAUGUCUGUCAAUGUGACUGUGGUCGACAGGAAGACGUGCAACUCUGGUGAUUAUUACAACCACGACCCUGUUAUCACUGAUGACAUGAUAUGUGCUGGUUCAGAUGGUACAAACGUCGCUGAUACCUGUCAGGGGGAUUCAGGAGGCCCGCUGUUGUGCGAUGGAACCGGUUACGACGGAACCAUCCAGCUGCUAAAGCUGCACACUUCUGGACGGAGAUCUUGGAUGUCAUUCCUGCAAUCCUAA